GCCUGAACGUCAAAUACGCUCUCGGGCCGCGGGAGGAUCUCCAAGUUGGGGACACAGUGGUGGAGAAAUACAGUACAAUGGCAUUCACCGAUGUCUUGAUGACUUCCUCAACAGCGAGGUCAAAGUUGGCGAGAACAAUACAAUGCUCAGCAGUAUGUUCUACGAUCAUUCCUGUGGUAUCGGAAGCUUCAGGUGCGCUCUAGAGGGUCCAGCUUGGACGUGUGUCGGUGGCAGCGACGGCUGUCCCAGGAAGCUGAGAUUCCACAAGAGCAAACUGCCAUGUGCGACGUUGAGCCCUCCCCGCGUCGGCGUCGGCAGGGGCGUCGAGCUGCUGAUCGCCGGGUUCCCGUGCCAGGACCUAUCACACACCGGGUCCAAGACUGGUCUAGCGGGCAUGGAGUCCAGCAUCAUUGGGAGGCUCUUCAAUAUGUUGAGAAGAAUUGGGGCUAGCUGCUGUGUGUGCCCAUGGGACUGGCCGAUGCACUUCCCGUCAGCAUUCUGCUAAAACCCAAACAGGCAACCAGCUAUUACACAUUCCUAGGAAGUAAGCUAAGACUAAUAUCAACCUUAACCUCAACCCCGAGUUUUAGCAGAAUGUAAUUCCUCUACAUGACCUGCCGGACACAGCAACAGCACGCGAUUCGGCAGCAAAAAUUGUUCGUGCAUUGUGUGUCCCACCGCACGGCUCGAAGCAGAAGUGAUUCUCCU